AUGGCCCGCCCCCUGGCUCUCGGCUCCACGUCCCCCUCGAGCCCGUUUCCUCGCAGGCUGAGCUCCAUGGAGGCAGAUGGGGCACCUAGUGUCCAGAAUUGCCCUUCAGACUCUACCACUGGAGAUGGGGCCACACCCCCCACCGGCCAGCCCGCGAGCCGUGCCCCAACCUGUUCCCGUUGCCGCAACCAUGGCAUCACUGCUGCUCUCAAGGGCCACAAGCACCUGUGCCUCUUCCAGGACUGUGAAUGUCAUAAAUGCAUCCUCGUCUUGGAACAAAGGCGUGUCAUGGCUGCCCAAGUGGCUCUUCGGAGACAGCAGGAGGCCCAACUGAAAAAACAGCUGAGCCGGGGCUUCCUGAGAACUGGGGGAGCCCCCCUGGAGAUUUCCAACCAUGGAAAGUGGGGGCCUGCCCACCCACGGGCACUUGCUGGGAAGGAGAAUGUGAGCCCCCAGCCUGAGGGGGCCGUCCAAGGAACUCCCCUGACUCUGCUGACACCCCUUGAAAAGGAGAGCACCCCCCGGACCUUGCUGCUAAGCAGGCCAUUGGACACCGUGCCACUGUCCUGGCGUCCUGGGCCCUGGCUUUCCCCCACCCUGUCAGUGUCCCCCCCACUUCGGUGUCAUCUGCUAUACCAGGAGCCUGGCAUCGCCCUGCACCCAUUCCCCGGCUUUGACCUGACCAACCACGGAGCCCUCCCAGUCUGCCCAGGACAGUGCCAGCUACUGAUGGCCUCCAUGCCAGGGGAAUCCUCUGGGCUUUCCAGCCUGGCCCAGCCAUGUGCAGCAUUGAUUCUCCAGCCCUGUGGCCUCCCAGACCCCCUGCUGCUGCAGCCCCAGGCCCCAGCGGCCUCCACCCUGGCCUGGACAUCGGCCUCUGAAGAGCACCAGCUGCAGCGGGAAGCCACCGAGGCCUUGGUGGGCCUGAGGGACUCCUCCCUUCUCCCUGGGAAUCUGCCACCUGCUGCUGAUCCCCCCACCCCUCCCCGGGGGGCCCCGCCCCACCCUGGCAGCCCCUCAGGCCUGGCUACCCCCAGGGAAGGCAAGGAAGCUCAGGACGCAGGGUCCUCGCUGCGGCCCAGCCUGGCCCCCUCGGUGGCCCUGCGCAUUGGUCGCAUUGGAUCCAUCUCCCUGCUGGGCUGA